AUGGGCUCGCUGAAUCCUCGACCUCUUGAUCUUAUGCUCUUCUACAAGAUGGAGAGGGACUUCUAUAACCGGCUUAUUAGAGAGUUGGGCCAGGUUCGAGAGAGUAUAGAGCUUGUCAUGGCCUUGUGGCUCUGGUUUGAGUCCAUUGGCCACCACGACUUCAUCCGGCACGUCGCCGCCUGCCAGGACGACGUCGUCCUCCGCUUCAUCGCCGAGGGCGAGGCCUGUCUGGAUCACCUCAUGGGCAACCGGGACCCCAGCCGGAGCGACGAGCUUCCCUUCACCAACUUCCUCAUGGCCGAGCCCAUAGACCUCCGGUUCUUCGAGUACCACCGGGACAUAGCAUUCGACGGGGUGCGGUUCUUCCUCGAGAAUGUGUGCCGAAUCAUCCUCGACGAUGCACUGAUGGAGAGGGUUGCCAGAGAUUCGAGCCACCCCGAUCACCGUCGAGUGCUCUCGAGCGGCGGCUUACGCAUUGGCGGACCCUGGUCCCCGGAAACGGAUCACACGCCGGAGGAGCAGAGGUCCAUGUUCAUCACAUUUUCCAUGGGGUACCCUAUCGCCAGAGAGGAUAUCAGAGACUUCUUUAAUACGCGAUAUGGGCCGUGCGUGGAGACCGUGAUGAUAGAGAAGGCGUCGGCAAGGCAGCGGCCGAUGUACGGGAGAUUGGUGUUUAGAAGUGCUUCGACGAUCGCGGUAGUGCUGAAUGGGCAGCAGACUGCAAAGUUUGUGAUCAAGGGGAAGCACCUGUGGGCGCGGAUUUAUCUCCCUCGCCGGAACUAGG